UAUAAAGGGUUUCCAACACCUUCAUGGCGGACUAUCGAUCCCUGAAUGUUGUCUUAAAUAUGGGUUGGGAAUGGACAACUCUCCCUUAAACCAGGCACACCGAGAGCAGCGUCGAGCUGAGGCGUGCCGGCGUGGUGGACGGCUGGAAGAAGCAGCAGAGUGUCAUGGUCGGGCAGCCGAGUUGCUGACUGCAGCUCUUACGUUGACAACUACCCCUCUGGCGAGGCAGAGUAUAACACUACAACACAGUUAUCACAUCCGUCAACAGGAACUGCUGAGGUUCCGCAGCAAGCAACUUGAGAAAUAUGUAAAGGCAAUGGAGAACCAGCGAGUGAAGAUGGGGAGUGCCAGUGGCAGUAGUGGUGGAGGUUCAGGGUCUGGGAGUCGGGAGCUUGCCUCCACAUACUUGCAUGUUAGCAGAAAGGCUCAGGCUCUGUCAGUAGAGAUCACAAAGAACACAGAGAAAUUUGAUUCAUUGCUUAGUCUGCUGAUACCAGAAGAGACGUCUACAGAAGAAACAGAUGCGGAGGAAAGUAAAAGUAAGAAGACCAUACAAGAAAAGAAAGCGGAGAUUGCAGGUGAUAUGAAGGAAACAUUAAAAGAAACACAAGAGGUAACAGUAAAAACUGCCAGCGGAGGAGGAAGAAGUACUUCACCCACUGAGAAAGAGAUACAGGACCAAACAACAAAGACUGAGGGUACUCUUAUAGGGGUAAAAAAAGAGAAGGACGUGAUGAUAAUUGUUGAAGAACUUCGCACAUUACGUGAUCAUCAGGCUGACCUUAUAACUCAGCUUAUGACAGAACUAUCAUACAUGGAAAAGGAAAAUGUCCUGUUAAAGAGCCAAAUUCGUGAGUUACAAACCAAGUGUGAGCAGUACGAGAGUGAGCGGCGGCGGAUGAGAGCGAUGGCAGACUCCAGCUGCUCACCUUUUGUGUUUUCUCCACUCAGUGAGCUCUCACCAGACCCUCCUAGUGUUCCUGACCUUGCACCCCUUGAAAUGCCUCCUCUUGAUUUCAUGGAAAAUUAUGAAAAGGAUUCUUAGUAAUAAAUUUUGCUCAAUUUUUUAUAUGAGAAUGGGCAAUGCUACAUUUUCCAUUAGGUCUGAAGUCGUGUUAAUUUCACAAGGAAAUUGCUUGAGAUCAUGUGAAUUCUUUUAAAUUUAAGCGUAGGUACAAUACUACUAGAAAUGUUUACAUAAAUUCACGUAUGCUGUUGUUAUUUGAAGGUUGAGAAUUAUUUCAUGCUGCAAUAUGAGGUUUUUUUUAUUUGGUUACAAGAACAGCACAGUUUUGGGGUGAAUCAAAUAUAGUUUAUAAUAAAGCCUUUGAAAAUAUAAGAAGACGUCAGAAUUUGGAUCUUAAUUGAAUUAUCUAUAAAGAACUUAUAAAUUGAAUUACCAAGUGAACUCAAGGGAAUUGGAUGGGUUUUACAAUCUUUCCUUUUCUAUAUAUUAUUUUUCUUCCUUUCUAAAAUGUAAAAAAAGGUGCUGAAAAGGAUAGGAAAGCUGAAAUAACCAUUAGAAAGUUAAUAAGACAAGUACCAGCUGUAGUGAUGGCUCUCAUGAGCCUGGCUGUAGGUUCAAGGUUACUGAGUUGUACUGUACGUAUAAGGGUUUACAAUUAAAGGGACGGUGAUGACAUUUACAUGACUGAGUAAAGAAGAAAAUUUUUUUGAGUGCCUCAUAUAAACAACGAUUAGAUAUAUAAUUGUUGAUUAUUAUAUUUAGAUGCAGGAAACAUCAGCAGGAUCAUAUUCAUGGCUUGAAAUAACUUAAAGAUGAGAGAAGCCGUACGAGAUGACUGUCAUAUGUGACGUUACAUGAUUUAAAAUGCCAAAGCAGUACACUAUAAUGAAAGAGUCGUGGUUUUAUAAGAAAUUUUAUUAUAAUAUUCAUACACAAUCUGGAAAAUUGUAUUGUUCUAUCCAUGUACAAGUAUAAACAAAAUCUCACUGCAGGCAGAUUGUAUGGGCAAGUCUGUUUUAUAGUUAUUAGCAGUACAUAUCAUCCUGUGUGUAUUUUAAUAUUUUUUUCAGAUGAUAUUUGCAAAAAAUUUACUAAAAUUUAUUAUAUUAAUAGACAAGCAAUAACGAACUUGAAGCCAUAAAUUGGUGUUAAAGGGUUAAUCCCUUCUUUACCUCAGACCAGAAGUGUGUGUUUCUACCACCACUUUAGUUUGUAGUAAAGAAAGUGUUGAGGGGAUUAAAGUUGGUACAGUGUUGUGUUUUGAACCUGUGUGUGUGUGUGUAUGUAUGUGUGUGUGUGUGUGUGUAAAAAUAAUAAUAAUUAUAAUAUUUAAUGGUUUAUUAACAAACACAUUAAACUUAUUGAGGUCUUAGAAAAAAUUGGCAUUGAUGUAGGUGAUAUUUGAGUUCUAAAACAUCUUUACUGGCAACAGGAGGUUGCAGUGUUAGUAAAUAAUAAACUUACUACAGUAAUUGGUUCAAAGUCAGGAAGGGAGUAAGAAAAGGCCGUGUUAUAUCUCCAACAUUAUAUAAUAUAUAUUCAGAAUUCUUCACGAGGGAAGUUAUAAGUGACACUGAAGGAGUAAGAGUUAAUGGUAAAGUAAUAUCAAAUAUACACAAUGGAAAAAGUGUUUUAAGAAUACAGUAAAACCUCGAUUAACCGAUCCUCGAUUAACCGACUUUCGGAUUAACCGUCAAUCU